CAGGAUUCAACACCCAUUUUUUGGGCGCUUGGUAUAAAGCCGGUUUAUAGAAUUCGCAAGUGUUCAUACACAGUAGCGCAUUUUGCCGGAAUUUCUGCGUGUGGAGAGUGAAAGUCUGUUGAAAAUUUAAAAGCCUCAAGAUGGAAAGCAAGUCUUAUGUGGUCAAGGUGAAUGAUAAUGGAGUCCAUGGCAAAAAUGCUAUCAAUGCAAAAAGCCUCAAUGGACAUGGAGUCAACGGGAAAGGAGUAAAUGGGAAUGGGAUUCACCACGUCAAUGGGAAUGGCAGCAUAUAUCUGGCCAAAAGCAAGAGCCGCAGGCAGAGAUGGGACAUCAAGCCUUCGAAGAUGGCCAACAACACCCUUAACCCCAUCAGGGCCAUCGUGGAUGGGAUGAAGCUCAGUCCCAACCCGGACAAACCAAUGAUUGCACUUUCCAUAGGAGACCCCACGGUAUUUGGGAACCUGCCCACAGAUGAUGCAGUACUACAGGCCAUGAAAGAUGCCAUUGACAGCAACAAAUACAAUGGCUAUGCUCCUUCUAUUGGUUACCAGAAGAGCCGGGAGGCAGUCACCAACUUCUACAGCACUCCAGAGGCUCCAUUAGAGGCAAAGGAUGUGAUACUGACCAGCGGUUGCAGCCAGGCAAUUGACCUGAGUAUCAGUGUCCUGUGCAACCCGGGAGACAACAUACUGGUUCCACGUCCAGGCUUCUCUUUGUACAAGACCCUGGCUGUGUCACUGGGCAUCGAGGUCAAACUGUACAACCUGCUGCCUGAAAGGUCUUGGGAGAUUGACUUGCAGCACAUGGAGAGCAUGAUUGAUGAGAAGACGUCCUGUGUGAUUGUUACCAACCCCUCCAACCCAUGUGGCUCUGUCUACAGCAAGGAGCACAUGCAGAACAUCCUCAAAGUGGCGUCCAGACACUGUGUUCCAAUCCUGGCUGAUGAGAUCUACGGUGAUAUGGUCUUUCCAGAUUGCAGAUUUCACUACUUGGCAUCACUCAGCAGCGACGUUCCCAUCCUUUCAUGUGGCGGUCUUGCCAAACGCUGGCUGGUGCCGGGUUGGAGGAUGGGAUGGAUCCUCAUCCACGAUAGGAACAAUGUAUUCGGCUCUGAGAUCAGAGAUGGCCUUGUGAAACUGAGUCAGCGUAUCAUAGGAGCAAACACCAUUGUCCAGGGGGCACUGGAGAGCAUCCUCAACAACACACCUCAAAGUUUCUACCACAGAACCAUCAGCUUCCUCAAGUCCAAUUCAGAGAUCUGUUUCAAUGAGCUGUCCAUUGUACCUGGUCUCACCCCAGUGAUGCCCUCAGGAGCUAUGUACCUCAUGGUUGGGAUCGACAUGGAUCACUUCCCAGAUUUUAAGAGCGAUGUGGACUUCACAGAAUGCUUGGUGACUGAGCAGUCUGUCUUCUGUCUGCCUGCCACAGCAUUUGAGUAUCCAAACUUCUUCCGCAUUGUGGUGACAGUGCCAGAGGAGAUGAUGGUGGAGGCAUGUGGACGGAUAAGAGAGUUCUGCCAGCGCCAUUAUCGGCCCCGCAGCCAAGACAGCAGUGAGCUGGACCAAUGACCGCCCGGGACUGAGACAGAAUUGGACCAAUGGGAAGCACACAGACCCAAAGAAAGAUAGAGGGACAGACACACAGACAGACAGACACAGACACACAGACAAGGAGAGAGAGAAAAGACAGACAGGUAGGCAGACAAAGAGAGACAGAGAGCGCGAGAGAGAGAGAGAGAGAGAGAGAGAGAGAGAGAGAGAGAGAGAGAGAGAGAGAGAGAGAGAGAGAGAGAGAGAGAGAGAGAGAGAGAGAGAGAGAGAGAGAGAGAGAGAGAGAGAG